GAAUUGCACGCACAGCACAUAGUUUCUCCUUCAGUUGUGUAUUCAGAAAGCAAAUCACAGUGCAGAAGCACGGAGCGGACUUACUGACAGCGAGCAGAAAGAGAGUGGUCCUUUCUCACUUUUCUUCUUCAGCCAAAAACAAGCUCCAUGAAUUACAAGAAGUUUUAGAAUUGCCUUGUCUUCAACUUAAACGAAAUGCUCAAAGAAGAUAGAAUGGUAGCUCUUACCUCUUAAAAAAUGUGUCUUGAAAAAUAUGGAAAACUGGACAGACUUAAAGACAGCAGUUGGUUAUAGAGAAAGUGGUUUGUUUGCUGGGAUUUGCUACAGAAAGAACAAGCCGGUAGAUCUUGGGAAUGCAGGUGACUUUACAUGAUGUUGCUCAAAGGAUUCUCCUGCUUUGCACUCCAAGAGAAAUGCUGCAGUUAGCUCGGAUGCAAUGCAACUGAAAUGCAGAUAAAAAGUCGGAGUUCAUGGUUUUACCCUGAAAAAAUUACAUGGCUUCAGUGCCAUAUUUCUAUACCUAGUUUUUAAGAACUCAAUUGGAGGGUUUUGAGUUACUUUCUGACCUGAUUUAUAUUUAUAGCUAUCAUUUUUUGAGAAAUAUUUUCUUUUUCUACCUCUCUCCGCCCUGCUUUUCUCUGAACUGUCUCUUUACUUAUGUUUCCUUAAAAAGACUGUCCCGGGGGCCAACUCUCCCAUUAGGGACUUGUAUGAAAAAGCUAAUUGAGAAAGACUAGAUUGUCUUUAGUUUGAUAGCUCCUAAUGUUUUGAUAUGUCCAGCCAGCCAUCUGCAACUACAAACUCCCUGCUGAGUUGCUGGCAGGGAGACAAAGAAAUGGAAAACAGCAAAGAAGUCACCAUGUGGUAUGAGCCGAGAGUUUUUGGCAGCCUGGCUGAAUUAAGACCAUAAUCCUUUUCGGAAAUCAUUCUAAAACGGAACUAUUCACAAUAAACAUGAAAUUAAAAGCAUGAUGUAGUAGUGACCCAAAAGGAAUGUGAAUUCUUCUCCAGGACAUGCAGAGACCUGUGGAUGAACUGUUUCUAGAUUCUUGCUCCAGCUUUCCUGAGAGUCAGAAUGAGCAAGAGGCACGUAAGUGUGGGUCAGCAAACGUGGGCUCUCCUCUGCAAGAACUUUCUGAAGAAAUGGAGGAUGAAGAGAGAGACCUUGUUGGAAUGGUUUUUCUCAUUUCUUCUAGUAUUGUUUGCAUACCGACUUUCCUCCAAUUUACAUCAAGUUAAUGACUUCCCUCAAUUGCCUGCUAUGAAUCUGGGACGUGUAGAUAAUUUUAAUGAUUCUAAUUAUGUGAUUGCAUUUGCACCUGAAUCCAAAACAACCCAGGAGAUCAUGAACAAAGUGGCUUCAGCCCCAUUCAUGAAAGGAAGAACAAUCGUGGGGUGGCCGGAUGAGAAAAGUAUGGACGAUUUGGAUUUAAACUACUCUAUAGAUGCAGUGAAAGUCAUCUUUAAUGAUACCUUCUCAUAUCAUUUGAAGUUUUUCUGGGGAGGGAGAAUCCCCAAGAUGAAGGAACACAGAGACCAUUCAGCUCAUUGUCAAGUGAUGGAUGAAAAAAUCACAUGUGAAGGUUCAGUGUUCUGGGAGAAAGGCUUUGUAGCUUUUCAAGCUGCCAUUAACGCUGCUAUCAUAGAAAUCACAACAAAUCAUUCAGUGAUGGAAGAGCUGAUGUCAAUUACUGGUAUAAAUAUGAAGAUAUUACCUUUUGUUGCCCAAGCAGGAGUUGUGACUGAUUUUUUCAUAUUCCUCUGCAUUAUUUCUUUUUCCGCAUUCAUUUACUAUGUAUCAGUUAAUGUUACCCAAGAAAGACAAUACAUUAAGUCAUUGAUGAUGAUGAUGGGCCUUCGAGAAUCAGCAUUCUGGCUCUCCUGGGGUUUGAUGUAUGCUGGCUUCAUCUUUAUUGUGGCUACUUUGAUGGCUCUUAUUGUAACAUCUGCCCAAGUUGUCGUCCUGACUGGCUUUGUGGUGGUCUUCACCCUCUUUCUCCUCUAUGGCCUGUCUUUGAUAACUUUAGCUUUCCUGAUGAGCGUGUUGAUAAAGAAACCUUUCCUUACUGGAUUGGUUGUCUUUCUCCUUACUGUCUUUUGGGGGAGUCUGGGAUUCACUGCAUUGUACAGACAUCUUCCUGCAUUUUUGGAAUGGACCCUAUGUCUUCUUAGCCCUUUUGCUUUCACUGCUGGAAUGGCUGAGCUUAUACAUUUGGACUAUGAUGUGAAUUCUAACAUCCAUUUGGAUUCUUUAGACAACCCAUACCUAAUAACAGCUACUCUUUUCGUGUUGGUUUUUGAUGCUCUUCUGUAUUUGGCUUUGACAUUAUAUUUUGACAAAAUUUUGCCCACUGAAUACGGACAUCGAUGUUCUCCUUGGUUUUUCCUGAAAUCCUCUUUUUGGUUUCAACACCAAAGGGCUGGUCAUUUGGCCCUUGAGAAUGAAAUAGAUUCAGAUUCUUCAUCCAACGACUCUUUUGAACCAGUGUCUCCAGAAUUCCACGGGAAAGAAGCCAUCAGAAUAAGAAAUCUUAGGAAAGAAUAUGGAAAAGGAAAUCAUGAAAAAGUAGAAGCCUUGAAAGGUCUGGUAUUUGACAUAUAUGAAGGCCAGAUCACUGCCCUCCUUGGUCACAGUGGAGCUGGGAAAACGACCCUGUUAAACAUGCUCAGUGGACUGUCCAAACCAACAUCAGGUUCGGUCACAAUCUAUAAUCACACCCUUUCGGAAAUGACUGACUCCAAAACCGUUAGCAAGCUCACUGGAGUCUGUCCACAAUCCAAUGUGCAAUUUGGCUUCCUCACUGUGAAAGAAAAUCUCAGGCUCUUCGCUAAAAUAAAAGGGAUUCAGCCACAUGAAGUGGAACAAGAGAUGCAACAAGUUUUAAGGGACUUGGAGAUGGAAAAUAUUCAAGAUAUUCUUGCUCAAAAUUUAAGCGGUGGACAAAAAAGGAAACUAACUUUUGGGAUUGCCAUUUUAGGAGACCCUCAGGUUUUGCUAUUGGACGAACCAACUGCUGGAUCAGAUCCUCUUUCAAGGCACUGUGUAUGGAACCUCCUAAAAGAGAGGAAAUCCGAUAGAGUCAUUCUCUUCAGUACCCAGUUCAUGGAUGAGGCUGACAUCCUGGCUGAUAGGAAGGUGUUUAUAUCCAAUGGGAGGCUGAAGUGUGCGGGCUCUUCUCUAUUCCUGAAGAAGAAAUGGGGCAUCGGCUACCAUUUAAGUUUGCAUCUGAAUGAAAUGUGUGAUCCAGACAAUAUAACAUCACUUGUUAAACAGCACAUCCCUGAUGCCAAAUUAACAGCACAAAGUGAAGAAAAGCUCAUAUAUAUUUUGCCUUUGGAGAGGACAAACAAAUUUCCAGAUCUUUACAGGGAUCUUGACAGAUGCUCUAACCAGGGCAUUGAGAAUUAUGGUGUUUCCAUGACAACUUUGAAUGAAGUGUUCUUGAAAUUAGAAGGAAAAUCAGCUAUUGAUGAAUCAGAUGUUGGAAUUUGGGGAGAGUUACAAAGUAAUAGGACAAAAGACACGGGAAGCCUUGUUGAGCUGGAACAAAUUUUGUCUUCCUUUAAGGAAACAAAGAAAUCAAUCAGCGGCAUGGCUCUCUGGAGACAGCAGCUCUGUGCAAUAGCAAAAGUUCGCUUCCUCAAGUUAAAGAAUGAAAAAAAAACUCUGUUGACCAUAUUAUUGCUUUUUGGCAUCAGCUUUUGCCCUCAGCUUUUGGAACAUCUAUUCUAUGAGUUAUAUCAAAAAAGUUAUUCUUGGGGACUGACUCCUAAUAUGUACUUCCUCUCUCCGGGACAACCACCUCAAGCUCCUCUGACCCACUUACUGGUAAUCAAUAAAACAGGGUCAAGUAUUGAUAACUUUAUACAUUCACUGAGGCAACAGAACAUAGCUUUGGAAGUGGAUGCCUUUGGAACUAGAAGUGGCCCAAACGAGCUAUCAUACAAUGGUGUUAUCACUGUGUCAGGUGAUGACAAGGAUCACAGGUUCUCAAUAGCAUGUAACACAAAAAGGCUGAAUUGCUUUCCUGUCCUCAUGGAUAUCAUCAGCAAUGGGCUACUUAGAAUUUUUAAUUCUUCAGAACACAUUCGGACUGACAGAAGCACAUAUUUUGAAGAGCACACGUCUUAUGAGCAUGGGUACCUGAGCAAUGCCUUCUUCUGGAUACCUGUGGCGGCCUGUUUUACUCCUUACAUUGCGAUGAGCAGCAUCGGGGACUAUAAAAGAAAAGCUCACUCCCAGCUACGGAUUUCAGGGCUCUACCCUUCUGCGUACUGGUUUGGCCAGGCACUGGUAGAUAUUCCACUCUACUUCUUGAUCCUCCUUCUGAUGCAAAUAAUGGAUUACGUUUUUAGCCCAGAUGAAAUUAUAUUUAUAAUUCAAAACCUUUUAGUUCAGAUUCUGUGUAGUAUUGGAUAUGUCUCAUCUCUGGUUUUCUUGACAUACGUGAUUUCAUUCAUUUUUCGCAAUGGGAGAAAAAAUAGUGGUAUUUGGUCAUUUUUCUUCUUAAUUAUCACCAUCUUCUCAAUAGUUGCUACGGAUCUAAAUGAAUAUGGAUUUCUAGGGUUAUUUCUCUGCACCAUAUUAAUACCACCUUUCACACUGAUUGGUUCUCUGUUCAUUUUCUCUGAGAUUUCUCCUGACUCCAUGGAUUAUUUAGGAGCUUCAGAAUAUCAAGUUGUGUUUCUGGCACUGCUAAUACCUUACCUUCAUUUUUGCAUUUUUGUUUUUGUUCUCCGGUGUCUGGAAGUGAACUUUAGGAAGAAAUCAAUGAGAAAAGAUCCCGUGUUCAGAAUUUCUCCAAGAAGCAGUGGCAUUUUUCCAAACCCAGAAGAACCCGAAGGAGAGGAUGAAGAUGUUCAGAUAGAAAGAAGAAGAACCACAAAUGCUGGGACUGUUGAAGACUUUGAUGAGAAACCCGUCAUCAUUGCUAGCUGUCUACGGAAGGAAUAUGCAGGCAAAAAGAGAAACUGCUUUGCUAAGAGGAAGAAAAAAGUGGCCAUAAGAAAUGUCUCUUUCUGUGUUAAAAAAGGUGAAGUUAUAGGCCUCUUAGGACACAAUGGAGCUGGUAAAAGUACAACUAUUAAGAUGAUAAUUGGACAUACAAAUCCAACCGCAGGGCAGGUGAUUUUGAAAGGGAGCAGUGAGGGGGACUCCCUCGGGUUCCUGGGAUACUGUCCUCAGGAGAACGUGCUCUGGCCCAACCUGUCAGUAAGGGAACAUCUAGAGGUGUUCGCUGCCAUCAAAGGGCUGAAGAAAGGGGACGCCACAGUCACCAUCUCACGGUUGGUGGAUGCGCUCAAGCUGCAGGACCAGCUGAAGCUGCCUGUGAAGGCCUUAUCCGAGGGAAUAAAGAGGAAGGUGUGCUUCGCGCUGAGCAUCCUGGGAAACCCAUCGGUGGUGCUUCUGGAUGAGCCAUCCACGGGCGUGGACCCUGAGGGGCAGCAGCAGAUGUGGCAGGCUAUCCGGGCCACCUUUAGGAACACGGAGAGGGGCGCCCUCCUGACCACUCAUUACAUGGCAGAGGCAGAGGCCGUGUGUGACCGCGUGGCCAUCAUGGUGUCCGGAAGGCUGAGAUGUAUCGGUUCCAUACAACACCUGAAAAGCAAAUUUGGUAAAGAGUAUCUGCUAGAGAUGAAGGUGAAGACCCCUGCCCAGGUGGAGCCCCUCCACUGUGAAAUUCUGAGACUUUUCCCCCAGGCUGCUCGGCAGGAAAGGUACUCCUCCCUGAUGGUCUAUAAGUUGCCUGUUGAGGAUGUGCACCCCUUAUCGCAAGCUUUCUUCAAAUUAGAGAUAGCCUCUGGGCCACUUCUUGGAAUUCCCUUCUCUUUCCAAGAGAUCUCUUGGAGGACCUCCAUUGGAUGCAGCAUCUUGGCCUCUCCAAACUCUGCAAGUACAGGGCCAUCACUGUCCACAAUUUUUUACAUGUUCCCAGACUUGAGGCAAGGACCCAAUCCCAUGUCCCCAGAUUACAGGUCAAUCCCACCAGAUCCUCUGUCCACGGAGGGGAGAAAGGAAAUGCCACAGCAAUCUGGACAACUGCCCACAAGAAACCUUUGCUUUCUAGUCUUACCUCUCAGUUCAUUAUUUUCUUCCUUUUAUGUAUCUGCACAUUUGGGGGUCUUAAUCACAGUCCACAUUGAUAACAGAUGGUCAACUCAAAAUUAGGAUAAUUUGACAAAGUUUGGUUUAGGCAGGGACCAUUUGCCAAGGGGCAAGGCACAGUGCAAUGACCCAAGGCUAGACUUAGCAGAAGUGUUGCCAUUCUCAGGUCCAAAGGGACUAAGAGAGGAAGCAAUGGCAGGAACCCGGGAGUAGAAUCAUGUAGAAUUUGUGACCUCGUGAGAAGCAGUGACUUUCAAUCAAGGGACAAAGUUGAUAUCAGGGAGGGAGUGAAGGAAUAAAGACCUUGACCUCCCCUCUCCUCUGUCCCUCCUCAUGAGCUACCACUGGUGGAAACCACCAGAAAAAGCCUAAGUCAGCCGGUAGAGCAAAGAGCAGAGUAGAGAGAGUGAAGGCAAACGUUAAGGGGCACAUGGUAGUGUUCUAGCACAGGGGGGAACUGUCUCUCCACUCAUCCGGCAUAGGUGGUCUGGGACCUUGCACGUUGUUUUCCAGUCUGGUAUGCCCCGGCCCAAACUCUAAGACAAUGGGAGAGUAUUUCCGUCCUGUUACAAGACCACAGGGUGAAUUUGCCUUUCCAUAUUUAGCAUAUGUGCUGCCCAAGCGAGCACCUGUCUUUCCAUAUUUAGUCCGAGAAUAUUUAUUACCUUAUCCUUCAUGUUUAAAAUCUGUAUGUAUGUAGAUUUUGGCAUAACUUGGUAAAACUCUCCAAAUAAAAAAAUAGAUGAACUCUUAACGUCCGUCCGUCCUUCUGCAGUUAAACAGAGCUUCGACCUGGAGGAGUACAGCCUCUCCCAGUCCACCCUGGAGCAGGUGGGUCAGUGUGCGUGACUCGGUUCAUUCAUGCACUAUAAAUGUACAACGUGAGCGGACGCUUUGCACUCACUUGGAGCUACGGAGGCAGCGUGGCCUCUCUCCCUCUUUAUUUCUUGUCCGUCUCAGGUUUUCCUGGAGCUCUCCAAGGAACAGGAGCUGGAUGACUUUGAGGAAGAACUUGACCCUUCAGUGAAGAGGAAACUCCUCCCACAGGAAGACCCUUAAAGCCCCAAAUACCCUAUGUUUCUUUUUAGUCUUAUGCCUCUUUUUAAAGAUAAUAUUUUAUGUCAUUAAUACAUCUUAUCUCAGAUAGGAUACAAAAUGCUUUUGAAACUCAUGUCCCCAUUUUUCUCAAUAACAUGAUGGAUAGUAGGACUAAGGAGAAAAGGCAGUGAGAGCCGUCUCAAAACCGGACCAUGGGGCCUCUGUACUCGCAACUAAAUCCCACAUGUCAUACGGAGGUAAAUCGAAAAUGCCUUUGUUGUAGAAUGUUUGGAUCUCUCAAGAUGACACAGAGAUUGCUUUAUUUUCUUUGUUUCAACAUCAAAAUUUUGAAUAUUUUCUUAUCCUUUUGAAUAAAGUGCACAAGUACAAAGUAAGACCUAAUCCUGAUUUUAGGGGAAAGAGAGGUGGUGAUUACAGAACAGCACAGUAUUUGCUUUUUUAAAAGUUUUUGUUUAAAUCCCAGUUAGUUAACGUGCAGUGUGAUGUUGACUUCAGGUGGACAAUACGGUGACACAGCACACUUCCUUAUAAACACCUGGCGCUCAUCCCAACAAGUAUUUGUGUUUUGUAAUUCAGAGUUUGUUUGUUGUUGUUGUUGUUGUUGUUCGCUUAUUCAUAAUAAACGGAUUUUCCUUUUCUGUCAUUUUUCAUAUUUUA